AUGCUCCGUGGGUUCCUCAUCCUUAAGGCUAUGUUAGGAGCAACCAUGUUCUUCUGUGGUCUGCUUACUUAUCAGCUGACCAUCACUUUCGCGGCAACAAAAAGAGAUUACUAUGAAGUCCUUAACGUGCCAAAAUCUGCAAGCAGUCAAGAGAUAAGAAAAGCCUACAAGAAACUUACGCUGCUGUGGCACCCAGACAAAAACAAAUCUCCAGACGCCCCUCAAAAGUUUCAGGAAAUCCGAGAAGCAUACGACGUAUUGUCCGAUGAGAAAAAACGCCGCCAAUACGACAGGCAUGGCUUCGUAUCGGACCAAGAUGUCGUCCAUUCAGGUGACUCCUUCUUCAGCGAAAUGUUCCGGGAUGAUAAUGACUUUUUUGGAGGCUUCUUUUCAAGUCACUUCGGCAGCAGAAGCGGUUUCGCUUGGGAUGAUCAUCAGGGGUCACAUUUCGGCGGUGGCCGAAGUGGAAUGCGGUGUACAACCACAACCAGGCGAAUGGGAAACACCAUCAUCACGGAACAACGGUGCAGCUAA